AUGUCCAAUAAGUCAACAAGAAUCAAAGCAGGUUUUAUAUCAAACAUAGCAGCAAAACUUGCUGCAAAUCUUCAUAUUGAUGAAAAAGCAAUAAGUGGUAGAGAUUGGGCUGAUGAUGAAGUAAAAAUUGAAGGUGAUGAAGAUGAUCUUAAUAGAGAAAAUCUUAAUAAUAAUCAAAAUGAACAAGGUGAAGCAGUUGGAUUAAAAUUAGAAGAAUUAGUUGGACGCUUUCAAAUCGCUUAUCAUUUAAUAACAAUUGAAAAAUUGCGUUCAAUGUUAUUAUCUGUUCCAUUAUUUAUUGUUGAAUCAUGUCAAUUUAUUCUUGAAAGUCAACCAUGA